AUGAAGUUACCGGCAGUUCUUGUGGUAUUCAUUGUUCUCUGUCAAAAAACAGGAGCAGGUGAGAUAAUAUCUCAAAACACUGGAUAAGAAUAAAAAUACUUUGUUAUAAUUUCAAGGACUUCAGCUAAGAAAUACUUCCUCCAAGCUAAAAAAAAACUUGAGAUUGCAUCAAGCAUCUUGCUGAUCUAAACGCCAUUGGCCGAUAGGCCAUGCAUGCAGUCGGCAAAAAUGGAAUGCAGGCUUGGAAAUAUCCCUGUUUUCAGUAGCGUUGCCUGACGGUUUCUGCUAAUCUGGGGUAGCCAUUCUUUAAGCUCAGUGACAAAUAUCAGUCCUAAAUGGAGAUUAAGAUUAAGACCUCGAAAUGAGGUCCUAUAAAACAAGGUAAAAUAGGAAAACAAAAAGAUUAAAUAAUAUUUUAACCAGUAUUUCAACCACUGACAGUUCUGAGUUAAUAAAGGUGUUUGGCAGAUUUAUAUAUUUAAUAAGUCUUAGCAAAUUACUUUUAUAAUAAAUUGCCUUUGAGACAUUUUCUGCCCUCAAAUUUCAAAUGUAAGUGCCGAACCUUCCUAUUUGCAGCAGAGAGAAAAGAAGGUUAGGUACUGAACAAAUUGAAUCCGUAAACUGCCGUUUGUAAGCCCUGGUCUCAAACAUAUUCUUAAGGGGGUUUUUAGGAGCGCUUACAAACGGAGGUGCUUAUAUCCGUGGGGGUUUUUAACUGGAAUAAAAAAAAGCUCUUUGAAACAAGCGUUGAUCAAAAAACGUUCUGUAUUUACUGGUUCAGAAUGUCAUAAUAAAUAGAAUUAAUUUCAACAACAGCUAGAAAAACCUAGAGGGGUGUUUAUAUCCGGGGUUUAUAGGAACAGAUUGGCCUCAAGGGGGUGGGAGUUGGGGGUUUAUAAGUUGGAGAGGAGCUUGUAAGCAGCAGUAUCUCAGGACGUUCUUCAUUGUGCAACAUGGAAUCUCGUUUAAAGGCCCGUAGACAAAAGCGCCAACAAACUGUUGCUAGAUCAGAUUUAUUUACUUCUGUGAUUUAACCAACGUUAUUAGUAGAAAUUCUACGUUUAAUUAGUUUGAAUGAUUUUACUUUGAAUGACACGCUCCUAGGUGUUUUUCCAAACUCUAUAUUUGGGCAAAGCUGUAUCGUUUAAUGUUAAACCCACUGCACAAUGCUGCUUAAAGCACCUCUUUCCAAACCACCUUAAACGCAACCUUGGCUAAUAUUUUCUAAUGGCAUCUUAUCUUAAACGUUGCUCAAAGGGCAACUUUAUACCAACUUUAUUUGUACGGUGGAGCUUUUGCGCUCGCCUCGGCAGUAAAGGCAGGGUCGGUGAUCGUAAGUGAGACCGUGCUGGAAAUGCCAUGCUGAUGACCCCUAACAAGGAUCAAACAGCUGUCCAUGGCUGCCACUGCCGGGGUAAUAAGGCUGUGCACAUGCUUAAGGUGCUGGCCAUACCGCGCUCGCGGAGUUGGUAGUGUGUGCUUCAGUUGGUAACUGCGGUACCGAUUUUCAGCUUUUUUGUUUUGAGCAGAUGCUUAAAGUUACUAUAUUUAGAGAACAUGGUAUAAUGACUUAUAUACCAUGAUGGCUAAGCCAAUCAGAGCUCUAGAAUUGCAUUAUCAUACUCAUUUUCAAUUGUUACUAAAAUUGGCAAUUUAGGGUCAUUAUUCCUGCGAUAUGGAAUUAACUUUUAUAUUAACUUUGGCUGAGAAAUUACGAUCAAUAGAGCCCAAUAAUCUGAUCAUUACGCUCAGCGUCUUUUGUGUGUGAAUGCAUCGUCCAAGCCUGAGAGGGCUGGCAUGAGUUUUGAAGGAAACGUUAAACUUCCUUUUUGAAAUAACAGUUGUCUUCUAUACUUUUACCGUUACCCGCUAACAUUUUUUCACAGAGGAUGAAAGUGCAAGCGGCGAGUUAUCAGGCAAUGAAAGUAAGGAGUCAUCGGAAUCAUCUCAAGUUGUGACCAUAAACCCUGAGGAUGAAGACAAAUGCGAGCCUAACCCCUGUAGAAACGGGGGCACGUGUGUGAGUAACUACAAUUAUAUUGACGGCUACGUCUGCGAGUGCGCCGAUGACUUUGGUGGAAUUACCUGUGGAGGUGGGUAGUAUGGCUCUAAUAGCGAGUAUAACCAGUAUCAAAAGGACUCUAGAAGGAUGACAGGUCCAAUCAAACAUUGCCUGCUCGCCAAACGUUGAUCAUGAGUUUCUGGGGCAUUUGUAAACUUUGUGGCAAAGCUUUUUUAACCUUUGUUAAAAAGUAAAAGUAUGUCGACGACGGCAAAAAACGACCUGUAUUUUACACUUAAAUUGGUACAUUCGUCUGACAGUUCUCGACCAAGUUAAGUCAAGGUAGAGAACGUUGCCCUGGCGAUAUGUUGACACCAAUAUUUCUUCUUAAUUUUUGCCAACAGAACUGAAGUGCCGAAUAACACUUCCACGCUUUUCGUCACCUCAGUGCCUCAUAAAGAGAGAACUUAGCAGACACAUCAAGAAAACACUUAUAAGAUUGACUUCUGCAUCGGAUAACCGUUAUUCCAAGUAGGUAGACCAGAGUAGAGGAUUAAACUUCGCAUAAGCUUCACCUGUGGUGUGACAAUUUCUUCCUCUGUUUAUUCUAUAAGCUUGUCUUUUUUUCCUACUCUUUUCUCCCUACCCAACGUGAGGAUGAGCACUUUCACGUUAUGAAAAACGUAGCGAGAGAGAACCUCUGUCGUUCUCGAAUACAUUAUCAAUCGUUUGAGCAUCUCGAUCUGUUGGCUGUCUCCCGAUUGCCGUUUGCUGUAAACAAGAUGCUUGACCUCUCUAAUCUAACAACAUGAAAGGCAGGCAAAAGUACCCAUUCCAGGCAGGGUGUUGCUUGCUUUUAGUAUCAAGCUCGGAUACCACGUAGAAGGAUACAACGAGUAGGUUGAGGGCGGAGGAGGCAGAGCGGGUCGGGGGAAGGUCGAAUCCUCAAGAUUACACCUUUUUGCAAAAGCUAGCUUAUGGAAUUUAUUUAUAAUAAAGAAAUUAUUACAGACUCUCUCUUCCUUCCUUGUUCCUCCCCUCCCCCCACAAACUUCUUUCACUUUCGUGUCUUCCCUACCAUCUGAGUGCUUGGAACAGGCUAUAAAUCACACUAGUCUUGCAACAAUUAGGGUGGUUGCAAGUUGCGAAAAUUUGUUCCAGAAAGUAGAGAGGGGUACUACCUUUUACAACAAAAUUUGUAAAAUGUCUUGUGUUCACGUCCUUUAUAAUGUGUGAAGAUAGGUUUCACGUUUUUAGUAUUCCCAAGAUGGCAAAGAAAUGCACAAGCUACCUUGAAUACCCGAUAGUGCAUUUUCACUCUGGUGAGCAUUUAUUGGUAGUCGUGCUUUAAUGUGAUUUCCUUAAGCAGGUCAGAGGAUCUGAUGGUGCCAACGUUGUCAAAGAAAGGCGCAGCGAGCUUUGUUCAAAGUGCGUCUACGGAUCCAUUCACCAUAGAGUGGUACAUGAAAAUGACAGACAACGCUGAUAUCAACAAAGAUCUUGAGUCACACUUUACUCUCAAAGAUCCUCGUUUCCACGAAACACCAACUUUGAUUGACUUUGCAGUAGUAUUUGAAGCCUUCUACAAACAUCACAGGGUAACUAUUUGGUUUUCCGUAGCAUAGCUUGCACUCAGUUACUCUCAUGUUUGAGAUUUAUACACACAAUGGCUACUUCAUUAAAGUACUAAUAAUUUUGUAGCCUCUUUGUCACGACAUUGAAAUGUUUAUCGAUUCUAUACUGUAGUAUUAGAUACCUUCUCAGGAGCUGAAUCUGUUUUAGUGUUCUGACUAUUUUGUUAACAUUUGAAAAUGUUUGCUUCUCUUUAACUUUGACUAACAAGCUUGAAAAAGACCUAAUCUCUUUCUUUCAUUAUUGCUUCUUUAAGUGUAGCUAACAUGAGACUUAUAAUUAUCUGUGAGUAACUGAGUUAAUUAGACCAUGAAUGUAGAUGAUGAACAGUACGGGACCUAGUAUGGACCCUUUUGGGAUUAAGUCAUCUGAAACCCGACAACCCACUUUUGAUGAAAUCAAAUUUCUUUAGAAACGCAGUGCUAUGAGUGCCUUGAAACUCGUUCCUGCAGUCGAAGAGAACUUUUUCAAGGACCGCUGUUUUGCAGAUCAGCGGGUUGCAGGAGCUAAUCCAUUCCAGCUAUGGCGAGUGACAAAUAAGGAAGGUGAGGAUAUAAAUAUUAUAGCUGCAGUGGCCAACACCUUUAUCAAAAUAAUCGUAACUUGGUGUCUGAAUCGUGAUCAAAGUAGAACGACUUCUCAUCUCUAUUAAACAGGUUCCUACGUCACCUUGCCAUGGUGGCAAAAUUUCUGGAUCUCAACAACCGUGGUCCUGAAAAUAUGCCGGCUAAAAAACGAAAAAUGGCAUGUAUGACUUCCUCUGUGCAUGAUUGCACUCAGGAACAACUCGGUAGCCUAUAGACCUGUCUUCAAUCUUUCGACAAUGAGAAUGGCCGUCUCUGUCAAGAUUUUUUGCUUCCAUGAUAAUGUGGCUUCAAACUUCUCCUCUCCAUUUUUUGUUUUGUUUAUUCUCAAUAUUAAGCGGCAAAGUUAGUAAACCUUCAAAUAAAGGGUGUCAAAAAUCUCUGCAACCCAAGAAAUGUAUUUGUCGUUGUCGUUUUCGUUUUCUGUUUGUUUAAUUUGCUGGUUUUUUUUUUCCUUGCCGAUCGAUUGAGCUAUGAAAUGCAGUCCUCUUUCACUUUCAGGA